AUGGAAAGCGGCGGUACUGCAUUAGAUCUCAAGCUGCUGCUGCGUUUGCUAGCUCAAGGUGAGGAGCAUACGAGGCAACUGGAAACUAAUCUGGAGGUUGCUUUCCUGGUUCAGCAUUGCAAACCAUUGGCAGGACAGAUAAGGUCAACUUUGAAGGAAGCCAUAUCCAUGGCCAAACCAGUGGAUUCCGAAGGGUACUCACGGCAGCACGCGUGCACCAACCACGACGCAGCUGCAUCACACCCGCCUCGAUCGAACAACAGGAACCCCAGGCGCCGGAAUUCGGAAAGGGUCGUCAAGGAACAUGAACGCCGGAAGACGUGCGAGAACAGCAAAAUUCUACCCAAAUGGACGAGCCACGUUAGUGUUUCCAGCAGUGGAGCGAUCGAAGCACUAGAAGAUGGCUACAUCUGGAGGAAGUACGGGCAGAAGGAGAUCCUUGGAUCCAGGCAUCCGAGGUUUGCAUACGAAUGA